GAAACAUUCGAUGUUCGAGUUAAUUUAAAAUUAUUUAAAAAUGGCGGCUUCCAUGAUUGGAAAUCAAAUUUUGUCACAAGUUCAGAAUUUGAACUCUGUAAAACCAUUAUACCAGAGAUGCUUAGAACUGGAGAAAGUUUUGAAGAAUACAAGUACAAAGGAAUUAAAGAAUGUGCUGCCUUUUUUACUGGAGAACAUAUUUGGGUAUGGACAAAAUCCUGGCUGGGGGUUAGACUUGAUCAACAGAUCCUCCAAUUCCCAGGACUUUGAUAACCUCAGAAGACUGCUGGCCCCCGAGGGGACCCUCCUGUCUCUAGUGUACAAUCUGAUGACUGAUUCAUUCUACGAAUUUCCAAUAAACAGUCUACCUAUGCCAACACAGCAUUUGAUUGAGGAUGGUAGUUUGCCAAUCUUUUAUGCCAACAAACUUCAGUAUCUGAAUUUUGGCCGACCAGUCAUUGUACUUAAUGCCUAUGAGCUGUAUAUGUUUCACCUUGCCUACCAUCUCGUCAAUCCGAGUGUUCAGCGACACAACUGUAACUGGAGUAACAUAACUGACUCUCUGUACCCUGUACUGAUUGAUGAUUACCUGAAUUAUUUCUUGCCAUUGAAUAAAGACAGUCUCCCUAAGAUGCCCACAGUCCAAGCAGUUGUUCGUAGUCCAGUUGUCCACUCUCCAAUGGCAGGGAAGUCCUUUAACAUGCCCUCCUCUCCGCCUUCCCCACAGCGACCCAGUCUACUGAAGUCGAGCUUUGUGUCAGCCCAGAAGCAGCACGCCCAGACAGCAGCAGUGAUAACUCAAGGGGAGACAACUGAGACCUACCGAUCAGACACUCUCAUACAGGUGUUUACUGAGUUUUGGUUGAACCAGAAUCCCAUCAGCAUUGACCGACAAUCAUUCUCUCAUACAGCCUCGCCACCGUAUGACCUGAGAUUACAAAGAGGACCGUACCAAUACUGGUUUGAGAAUUUCAUGCCCAGCACGAACCAUGUACGCCUGGUGAGAAUGCUGGUGAAACACGUCCAUAACUUUGUCAACACCGCUAAACCUGAGGUGGUCUCCUCACCCUAUCAAAGUCACAUCACUUCAACACUAGACGAGUUCAAAAAGUCCCUGAUACCGUACAUAAUACAGAAGAAACUCUAUACAUUCCUCCGGCAUGGCUUUGAUAGAUGGCCGCUGGACUGUUCCUUCAGACUUCUUUUAGAGACAUGGUUGACCUACAUUCAGCCCUGGCGGUACAUUUACAGUAAGUCCCAGACAGGACGGAGGGACAGUGAUGUUGGAGACCAUAAAACAGUGGAGGAAAAAUGGUUUCCCUUUGUGGAGGAUAAUCUGUUGUUUUAUACAGUUCUAUAUCAGGAGUUUACACAGAGGGUGUUCAGGAUGGAUCUUACUACACAGUUCAAUGCCUGCAUGCUCUACAGGGCAAACAAGGUAUAUAGUCUGCCAAACUUAUCAAACAUGGUAUUUAGAGCUGAGAGGGAGAUGUGUAGUGCUAUAAGGCUGGGUCGUCCUGGGAGUCACGACCUGGGAGGGAGCUAUAUCUCCCCGGAGACCAGCGUGUCCCUCCACUCACAGAUCACAGAGCUGGAGAAACCUGGCUUCCAGUACUGCAGAAUGUACAGCGAAGAAAUGAUACAUAUGAUGAAAGCUAUUCUAGGACACAUAGAAGUUGCCAAGCAAACCCUCAUAGCUUAUGAAGAGUCUGUCAAGAAAACCAGAAAAUCGGGACUGGCAGCCAUAUUGGAUGUUUCAUCUUGGUUCCAGGAUGACCAGAGCAUGGGGGAUAUGUCCCCGUCAGAGGUUAAAAAAGUGCAGUCGUACCUGGACACAGCAGCCUCUAACAUAUGCUAUAUAUUUGAGAUUGAAACUCAUCCUUAUGCUUCAAAACAAAUGUCUUCACCGAAUCAAUUUGAGCAGUCCUCCUUUUUGGAGAGCUCUUUAUUGUCGAAUACAAUACCAGACUGUGAAGAAACAGAGGAUGGGUUCACAUUGACACCACAUGGGAGAUACCAGUUGAAGAACAAGAUGAGGAAGUUUGAUGUUGUAUAUCAAGGUGACCCAGAUUUACAGCCAAUCAGAAGUUUUGAAAAUGCCACAUUAGUUCGUCUGUUUCAUCAAUUCUGUAACUUCAUUAAUACUCAGUACGGCCAGGAUAUUCAGAACCUGUGUGACAGGAAUGACCUUAUAGGACAGAUGGCACAAGUGUAUUUUGCUCCACUUCUUCCAUUCGACAGUAAAUUAAACUCUCCGAUAUCCAGCAGACAGAGACAAGCUUUACAGAGACCCCGACUCAGCCUCCGACUGCUGGCCAGCUACCGGACUCUAGUGUACCUCGGACUUUUCUACAUGAUACUCACUCUAUGGUGGGGGGUCGGCCCAGUGGGAUUCUGUUUCUGUGUGAUGGGAUUAGUGUUACUGUAUGGAUUUUUCUCUGCCAUGAUUCACAGAUCAAAAGUUAAAAAUGAUUAGAUGUAAAUUAUUAUUUGUUUAAUGAAAUGUCAAAAUUGAAUGAAAUGAUACAAUGGAUUGUAUAAGCUACAUGUAAAUAGAGUAGAAUGGACUAGAAACAACUGAUGAAGCUGUACAUGUAUUUCAUGCAAGUUCUGAUGUAUGGAAAUCCAAAGGGUUCAAAUUUCAACUGUUAUUCCUUAAAAGUUCAAAUCUAAAGCUUCUAAUAGGUUGUACAGUAAAACUCAUUUAUAACGAAGUCACGGGGACCUAUGAAUUUACUUCGCAAUAUCCAUAAUUUGUUAUAUCCUAUAAGGAAUACGUUAAAUUUAUAUAGCUGGGGAUCCAAAAUAACUUCGCUAUAACCGUAAAUUCACUAUAUCCGUGUUCGUACUAAACGAGUUUUGCUGUAAAUGGUAAUUCAUCUUAUUUGUUGUUUCCUGUGCAAUGCACAUUGGCAUAAUGUAGUUCUAUUUACUUAACAUGAAUUGACAAAUCAUUAUAUAAAUUUAUAGAUUACAGUUUAAAUGUUAGGAUUUCAGCAGUUGCAGAGUAGAAAUGUUCAACCCUUUGGGUCUCUGUAUGAUUCAGCUUUAUUUCAUUAUUUUGAGAAUGUAUUUUAAUAUGUAUAUACAAGAUACUGACAUUCUCUGUAAUAAUAUAUUUAUUU